AUGUCCCGCAUUGUACCGAAAGUAUCAUCCACGUGUAGUUCUGGACCCUUAGAUAGCAAUGUGCUUUGUCAAGCACUUUCUGUUGUCAGAGGAAUUGUGGAAUCCUGUUAUGGCCCUUUUGGUAGACUAAAACUAAUACAUAAUGCUGUUGGAGGCAACGUUAUAACCACAUCACACUCUUCAGUCCUUUUGGGUAAUCUUUCUCUGUCCCAUCCUGUGAUAAAGCUGCUAAUAGCUUCUAUGUUGAAUCACAUUUCUCGAUUUACUGAUUCUGGACUAUUUGCAACAAUUCUAUGCUGCAAUUUGACUGAAAGUGCAAAACAACUUAAUGUACCAACAAAUCACAUAGUCAAAAUCCAGAAAGAUCUUCUGGAUAUUUGCAUCAGCUAUCUGAGUUCUGAGGAUUGUAGCUGCAAAAUACAAAUAGAUUUUAGUAACACAAAAAUGUUGCUUUCACUUGUUGGCACAGUGAUAAAUAAACCCACUUGCAUGUUGACCAUCAAAGAAACUGACUACAUCAGUUCAAUGGUGUUAAAAGCAUUCUUCCAUACAAUUCCUUCAGUAAUUGGAGAUAACAUAACCUUGGGAAAGAUGCUGAUUGUUCCUAUUGAGGGACAAAAUGUUACUGACUCCUGUGUACUUCAUGGAAUCCUUAUAGAAAUCUUUGCAUCUUGUUCAAUGAAAAUUGAUACUGCAAAGUUGACAUUUGGUUGUAUUAAGAUUGCAAUAUUCAGUGUCUCCAUGUCAGGAGAUGUUGUUGACAGUGGGAAUGGGCAUUGGGAGGUGGCAUCGGGUUUUUGCCCAGAAGAUGAAUCGCUUGUACAGCUGCUGAAGGUGGGAGAACAGCUUGUUUGUGAUCAAGUUCAUCUUGUGGUCUGCCAGAAAGUAAUUCAUCCAGUUCUAAAACAAUAUCUCCAGGAGCAACAUGUAAUAGUGGAAGAUCGCCUCGGAAUUGCCCUAAUGGAGCCACUAGCCCAAAUGACAGGUGCACAGCCUAUUAGUUCGUAUUAUCAUCCCAUUUCACCAAGCUGUUAUGGCAAUAUUAAGAAUCUGUUGUUUGUGAAGUGUGGUUCCAGGCAAUUCCUGCAUCUCAUUCCAAAUGAGAACAAGCCUAUAUGUAGUUUAUUACUCUGCAAUAGAAGUGAAGCUGGACUGAAUGAGUUAAAGGUUGUCUGUCGAUCAGCAGAAUGUGUCCUGAAACUGGCGCUCAAGGAGCCUUUUGCCUUCUUUGGAGGAGGGUGCACUGAAUGUCAUCUAGCUUCUACCAUAGAAUAUAAGAGCCUCUAUGUGACUGAUGAAAAAUUAGCAGAGCUGGGCUGCUCCAGAACAGAGUACAGAGUUGUUGCUGAUGGUUUCUGUCACUCACUUGCACGUACUGCAUCUUCAUUGGAACAUGAUGGUGGACAAAACUUCAUUGAUGCCAAAUAUGGCCAUCGUUGGUUAGUCCUGCCCAAUAUGCCUCUGCAUAUUCACUGGUCUGAAGUAUUUUCUAGAUGUGCUUGUGGAUUUUAUACAGCACACCAAAACCUGAACUGGACUAUUUUAGGUAAUAAGUCAACAAUAUUUAGCUUAGAAACAUCGCUUGAGAAGCCUAGUGAAUACUCCCCAAAUCAAUCAAUAUUGGACUCGUACAGUGCAAAACUUAAUGCUAUACAAGUAGCAGUAGAAACCGCUAAUUUGUUAGUGGAAUUGCAAUAUGUUAUUCAAGAUCAGAAUUAAAUUUGCAUACCUUCUAUAAUUAAAGCCUCUUUUCUAUCCUACUCAAUUUCAGACUUAAGAUAUAGCUUGCAACCUAGUGUCAUAGCUGUAAUGAGUUAAAACGUUGUUCUGACAAAGUUGUGGACAAAUACUGGAAAAAUUAUGCAUGUUUUUGCAUUACUGUAUUUGCCAACGUGGAGUGGAGAGCGAGUUUGUAAAUCUGGAGGGAGCAAAGAUGUUGGGAAUGGUGAGGGUGGAGUGACACUGGAGGGGUCUGGAACAGGUGGUAAAGAAGGAGUGCCAGGGCAUGGCAUGGGUGCAGGCACAUUCAGCCCUGAGACACCAGGCAAGGUCAUAUAAUUCCAAACAAUUAAUUUCUUCAUCAUUACAGAGAGCCUCUCUGGUGCUUCCUGCUCCUUCACCUCUCCCUUCUCCUAGUCAUGAUUCCCCUCUCCCUGCCCCCUUCCCACUCUCUGCCAGCAAUCAAGAUGCUUAUCAGAAUCAGGUUUAUCAUCGCACACAUGUCACAAAUUUUUUUUGCAGUAGUACAGUGCAGUACAUAAAAUUAUCACAGUACUGUGCAAAAGUGCUAGACAACAUACAGUUAAGAUGUAUUUUUGGAAAUAGCAUACCAGUGAUUGUUGGUUUAAAUUAAUUGGAGUACUUAUGUGGGAGAUACUAUGCUAAUUUUGCAUACAAGUUGUUGGAAAAAUGCAUUGGGAAAAAUCUGAAUUCUUUGCUUAUUAAUUGUUGAUUUGUUUAUGUUUAACAAGGAUUUUAUAAUGUUCACAAACUUAAAAUUUGAUUUUAGCAAAUCUUUCUACACUUUCAACAUGUAAAAUUAUCUUGUCAAAGCUUGUUGACUGAAAUCUAAUUAUAAUCAUAACUGUCUUUUAAUUGACUACCUUAAUUUAAUUGUGAUAAAGUCAAUCUUUGUUAUUCAUUGCCUUUUGUGUUUUUCAUAUUUUUAGACCUAAUAGUGGGCAACCAUCCAAAAGUUGACUCUUAGCAAGUUUAGCCACUAUGUUCAAACACAGAUCAGCUAGGGAAUUACACAUCCCUUUGAUGGUUUGUUGAUUACUAGUUCUUUGUUCUAUAAUAUAGAUAAGAGCCAAAAGGCUCUUUAAACUUAUCUAUUGUGAAAGGAUUACCUUAGGAAGAGAUCAACACAUUUGAACAAAUGGCUUGUAAUUAAGAACAAAGAACUUCAUACUUGACAAUGCACAAUUAUUGGAAAAUGUGAAGACUUGUUCUGUCUGAGAUGUGAAAUAUAUAUUCUUUUGCUUUAGAAUGUUAUUAAAAAAGAAUGGUCAUUUGUAAUUGUGCCUUUCAUAAAAUCAGAAUAUCUCCAAGUACUUCAUUGUCAACAAAGUACAUUUGAAAUACAGCUAUUUUUGAAAGGGAAAUGCAGCGUUUGUGUUCUAAUAGGAUUCCAGAAAGUGAUUAGAUGAUCAAUUUAUUGGUAUUUUAGUAUUAAUAAAAUUCCACUUUUGGUGCAAAAUAAAUUUGAAUAAACAUGAAGUAAUCUGCUUAAAUUUUCAAUUAUCUUUAUCAUGGAAUUUUUCAAAAGCAAUAGUUUGUGUAAGAUUUAACAUGUAAGAAGUUGUGGUCAAUUGUUGUCUCUCCUUUAUACAUAUCAAUCAAAAUGUAUCUACAACAAUAAUGCCCAAGUACUUCUAAUAAUAAAGGAAAAUUUUAACUAAGUGAAGAACUGGCACAAUAUUCAAUGGCCCAAGCUGGCAACUUCCCUGAACUUUGUAAAUAGUGUUAUGUACCCUGUAACGGGUUAAAAAGAACCAGCAAAAAUGGGCACACCUGGAGUCUGAGUCUUCCGUUAUUAACUCUAUUUUAUUAGUAACUACGUGAAUAAAGUGAUAUAAAACAAGAUAAGGUAAAUAGGUUAGCAAAGUAUAUGCAUGUAUGUAGGUGAGUAAAUAAGGUUCCCAAGCUUCCCCAGCUCAGGUGAUUAGGUGAUACAGUCUUACGGUGGUAUAGUAAGUAAUCAGUUCAGUUCUGGAAUUUGAUUUGAGUAGAGUUGGGGGGAGAGAGAGAGAGAGAGAUAGAGAGUUGGUUUGUCUCCCAAUGCCAAUGCUAAUUCUCCACAUUGUCCUCCUUGCUUCAUCACAAUAGCAACACAUGUUAGGAAUUGUUAUACUUGUAAUGCACUUCCUGUUUGCCGUAAUACAAGAAUUUAUAGCUCAUGUUCCUCUCGGGCUUCAAGAUGGCACUGAUCUGUGGUCUCCAUCGAGAUUGUCACUCAGACUUUUUAAGUUCAUAAGGAUGGUUUUGUGGAUAGAGAAGAGAGUUAAGGGUCAAAGGUUUAGGGACAGGCAUGUGAAGAAGUGAAAAGACGGGUGUCUGCUCUGCGUACAAAGGCCAGCGACGUGGCUGGGAGAUGAGUCAAGGCCUCUGCUCCAUGCUCAAAAGGCCAGUGAUGUGGAUGUGUGAUGAAAGAUAUCUGGAGUCCAGACCUCUACUCCAUGGUCAAAAGGCCGACGAUGUGGAUUUGGGACGAAAGACAUCUGGAGUUCCAGAUCUCCACUCCUUGCUCAAUGGCCAAUGAUGUGGACAUGGAGGAUGAAGGGAUACCUGUGGCUAUCAGGCUGUCCCAGGUCAGUCAGUGCAUACCUGUGCAAGUAAGAAGCACGAGGAAGUAUGGGGCCAGUCAGCUCGUAGUUUGCCCCAUGGGGUCCCUUCAUCAACUAGUACAGGGCUCAAUACUGAGAUCAAAACGUGAAUAUUCAUCAAAAGUCAUAGCACAAUGGCUGAAACCUGAAGGCCUUGAAAUUGGAGGACAGUCCGUGUGUGUGGGUAGGAGACGAAAGGGACUUGUUUUCUUGCUCAUUGUGUUCCAAUUUGAUAUUUUCUGUGUUGUUCUGCUGAGCAUUAUGGGCAUGUUACAUUGGCAGUGGAAUGUGUGGCGACCCUAGCAGGCUGCCUCCAGGAGACCCUUAGGUGUGUUGGUUGUUAAUGCAAACAACACAUUCCUUUGUAUGCUUGAUAUAUAUUUGAUAAGUAAGUCUGAAUUUGAGGGAACAUCCUGGAUAUUUGUCGCAGUUCACAUUCAAACAAAUCAUGAA